UGUGGACGGGCACUUUAACAUUGACGGGGGAAACGUGCUCGUUUAUGUUGUUGUCAUCCAUCAUCCCUCCAUCCAUCUAUCCCUCUUUCCAUCCCGGACUGAACGAUCCGCUCCUGCGACGAGUUUCCAGUAAUAAUAAUAAUAAUAAUCCGAACAUUAAUAAAUAAUAAUUAAAGCUAAACAGAAGAAAAGCACGUGUUUCCCCCCGAGAACGUCCUCGGGGCUGCUCCGGUUUUUCAGGCGCUUCAGAUGAAGGCGGAAUGGAAAGCGUGGAGCUGAGCGUCGCGUCCCUCACCGCGGUGUCCAGACACGUCGAGAAAAGUCACGGCGAGCUCGCAAAGCACCUGGCCAAGCAGACAUGGAGCCAGCAAGACCGUCACGCCGUGCUGUCCUGUUUGGCGCAGCUCCUCCUCGAGAAGGAUUACACGCUCCUGGUCGCUCGCUACCUUCGUCCCCUGGUGCUCGACCUGCUGGAGAGGAACGCCGAGCGGAUCAAGAAGGAUGUCCGGCUGAACCAUGACCUCCACGAGAGGCUGUGCGUGGCGCUCAGCAAGCUGCUCAGCGUCAGCCCCGACGCACAGGCGUUCGCGGCCAGGUACUUCACUAGUGCACCGCCCGUCUUCCAGAGGCUCUUCUUCACGAGCGAAGAGGCCUCCUCGAUCCAGUACGGCCCCAGACGCAUGAAGCUGCGCGACCUCAUGGCGGCCACGUUGCGCUUCCUCCAGAGCGACUGCGAGAAGUUCCGCGUGCUGUGGGACUGGAGCGUGUGCGUCUCGCAACUGCUCACCAGCGACGUCAUGGUCCGAGGAUACACAGCGCAGUGCCUCGCCCUGGUGUCCCACAUGACCGACAACCAGAAAACCAUCUUCCUGAGGAAGGUUCUGUCCAGCGAUGAAAUCCUGCACCUCAAAAUGAAGUCGCUGGAGGAGUCUCAGCAGCUAGAGGUGGAGAAAGCGCUGGUGUUGGCCAAUCAGGGCUCAGCGAUGUGGCAGCUGGAGAAAGGAAACAGAAAGGGUCUGAUGGGCUCCGAAGACCUCUCGAAGAGCAUCACGGCGGUGUGCGGCGUGGUCCUGCCCAGACUCGCGCCCAGACAGGAAGAGCAGACGUCUUUGUACACCCUGGUGCUGGUGGACUCGACGUGUCGCAGCCUAAGGAGGCUCGCCAUGGCCGUAGCGUCCCAGAAGCCCAUCCUCCUGGAAGGGCCGAUCGGAUGCGGCAAAACGGCACUCGUCGAACACCUGGCCGCUGCUACUGGUCACGUGAAAUCCCCCGACAUCCUCAAGGUGCAGCUGGGAGACCAGACGGACAGCAAGAUGUUGCUCGGGAUGUACCGGUGCACAGACGUCCCAGGGAAGUUCGUCUGGCAGCCGGGGUCCCUCACUCAAGCCGUCUCCAAGGGUUACUGGAUCCUCCUGGAGGACAUCGAUCAUGCGCCGUUGGAUGUGAUAUCCGUGCUGCUGCCACUGAUGGAGAACAAGAAGCUGACCAUUCCGGGCCGUGAAGACUGCAUUCAGGUUGCUCCUGGCUUCCAGUUUUUCGCUACAAGACGGACGUUCUACAGCGGAGGAGCCUGGCAUCGUCCUCAGAGCACUCACGCUGCUCUACUAGACAAGUACUGGAACAAGCUCCAGAUUGGGAAUAUGACCAGAGAGCAGCUCAAAGAGGUGGUUGUGAAGAAGUACCCGAACUUGACCGUAGUGGUGGAUCGUUUACUGGACAUUUAUUGUCAGUUGACCGGAGACAAACACCAUGACGCGGUCGGUCUUUCAGCUCUUCAGAGCACAACAGAGGACCGGAGCUCGCUCCUGGACGGCCGAGGACUCUCUCUGAGGGAUCUGCUGAAGUGGUGCGAGAGAAUCUGUGUGAAUUUUGACAGCUCCUCCUCUAACACGGCCCAGAACGUCUUCCUGGAGGCCCUGGACUGCUUCACCGCCAUGCUGUCCAAAACAGACAGCCGCCUAAAGCUGGCCGAGAUCAUUGGCUCCAGGCUCAACAUCUCUAAAGAGAAGGCUCAGCACUUCUGUCAGAUGUACCAGCCGGGAAUCAGCAUCACAGAGCUGGAGGUGACCGUAGGACGCGCCAUGCUGCUGCGGAAACAGAGCGCCGCCGUGCGCCUUAACAUAGAGAAGCAAACGUUCGCUGCCACCCGGCCCUCCGCCGUGCUUCUGGAGCAGCUGGCGGUGUGCGUUACGAAGGGAGAGCCCGUGUUGCUGGUUGGAGAGACGGGCACAGGGAAGACCUCCACCGUGCAAUACCUAGCCGGAUUAACAGGACACAAGUUGCGUGUGAUCAACAUGAACCAGCAGAGCGACACGGCUGAUCUCCUGGGAGGGUACAAGCCAGUGGACCACAAGCUCAUCCUGUUGCCCCUCCGUGAGGCAUUUGAGGACCUUUUCUCUCAGACGUACUCACGCAAGCAGAACAUCACCUUCCUGGGUCACGUGCAGACGUGUUUCCGGGGCAAACGCUGGCAGGACCUGCUCAAGCUCAUGGACCACGUGUGCAAGUCGGCUCUCACCAAGGAGCUGCAGGACAAGCCGAAUGCCGCGAUGCUGCAGCAGCAGUGGGAGGCCCUCGCUCUGAGGCUCAGUCAGACCCAGGAGCAGAUCCGAGCUCGGGAAUCGACGCUGGUCUUUGCCUUUGUCGAGGGUACCUUGGCGCAAGCAGUCAAGAAGGGAGAGUGGAUUCUGCUCGAUGAGAUCAACCUGGCGGCUGCAGAGACCCUGGAGUGUCUCAGCGGGCUUCUGGAAGGCAGUGCCGGGUCUCUGGUGCUGCUGGAUCGGGGCGAUACGGAACCCCUGGUCCGCCACUCAGACUUCCGCCUGUUCGCCUGCAUGAACCCGGCCACCGACGUGGGCAAAAGGAACCUCCCCCUGGGAAUCCGCAACCGGUUUACCGAGCUCUACGUGGAAGAGCUGGAGAGCGAGAGCGACUUGCGCAUCCUGGUCUCAGAUUACCUCCGAGGCUUAAACCUGAACCGGAGUACCAUCCACGGAAUCAUCAGCUUCUAUUUAGCUGUUCGCAAGGAGGCCAACUCACGUUUGGUGGACGGUACCGGCCACAAACCUCACUACAGCUUGCGGACGCUGUGCCGUGCGCUCAAGUACGUCGCCACGAACCCCUGCUACAACAUCCAGCGCUCGCUCUAUGAGGGUUUUUGCUUGAGUUUUCUAACGCAACUGGACCGCAUUUCCCAUCCUGUGGUGGAGAAACUGGUGCAGCAGUACAUUUUGGGAGGAAACAUCAAGUGUCUCAAACAGCCGAUCCCAGAACCCCGGUCCCGUGGCUGCAUCCAGAUAGAGGGCUACUGGUUGAGUCAAGGCGAUAUGGACCCAGCACGAGACCCCAGCUACAUCCUCACUCCAUCUGUCCGACUCAACCUCCGAGAUCUGGCCCGAGUGGUGGCUGCUGGCAUCCACCCGGUGUUGCUCCAGGGUGAGACGUCGGUAGGGAAGACCAGCCUGGUGCGGUGGCUCGCGGCCGCCACGGGGAACCAGUGCGUACGGAUCAACAACCACGAGCACACCGACAUCCAGGAGUACAUCGGCUGCUACUCUUCCGACGAACACGGGAAGCUCGUCUUCAAAGAAGGUGUCUUGAUCGACGCAAUGCGCAAAGGCUACUGGAUCAUCCUGGACGAGCUGAACCUCGCCCCCACCGACGUCCUCGAAGCCCUAAACCGGCUGCUAGACGACAACCGGGAACUCUUUAUCGCCGAGACCCAGGAAGUGGUGAAAGCCCAUCCCAGGUUCAUGCUCUUCGCUACCCAGAACCCACCAGGUCUCUACGGUGGCAGAAAGGUCCUGUCAAGGGCGUUCAGGAAUCGCUUUGUGGAGCUGCACUUUGACGAGUUGCCCAGCGAGGAGCUGGAAACCAUCCUGCACCAGCGCUGCAGCCUUCCUCCAUCGUAUUGCACUAAACUGGUCAAAGUCAUGCAGAACCUUCAGUCGUUGCGGCGGGGCUCCAGCGUGUUCGCCGGGAAGCACGGCUACAUCACGCUCAGAGAUCUCUUCCGAUGGGCCGAGCGCUACAGACUUGAAGAACAGACCGACUCGUCACGUGACUGGCUCCAACAUCUCGCAGACGACGGGUACAUGCUCUUGGCGGGCCGUGUUCGUAAGCCAGAGGAGGCUUCGACCAUCCAGAACAUUUUGGAGAAGCACUUUAAGAGGACGAUAAGACCGGAUGCAUUGUUUUCCGAAGCCCAGGUUACCACUCAGUUCAAUCCAUUUGUGGCCAGCAUUGCAGGAAUGCCUGAGGAGUUCGGUCAUGUGGUUUGGACCGCAAGCAUGAGGAGGCUUGGUGUUCUGGUGGGCCGUGCGCUCCGUUUCGGAGAGUCAGUCCUCCUGAUUGGUGAUACCGGGUGUGGGAAGACCACAAUUUGCCAGCUCUUUGCCGCUCUGACUGGACAGAAGUUUUUCGCUGUGAAUUGCCACUUGCACAUGGAGACGUCGGAUUUCUUGGGCGGCUUGCGGCCGGUCCGACACACCGGAACAGGACGGUCGGAAGACGGGCGCUUGUUUGAAUGGCGCGAUGGACCCCUGGUGCUUGCGAUGAAGCAAGAAGGCAUGUUUUUGAUGGACGAGAUCUCGCUGGCUGAUGACUCCGUGUUGGAAAGACUCAACAGCGUCCUGGAGACUGAGAAAUCUCUGGUCCUGGCGGAGAAAGGCAGUGGCGACGAUGAUGACGUCGAGCUCAUCAUAGGUGGGAAGAAAUUCCGACUGGCUGCCACUAUGAACCCCGGUGGCGAUUUUGGCAAGAAAGAGCUUUCCCCGGCGUUAAGGAACCGGUUCACAGAGAUCUGGUGUCCUCAGUCGAACAGCCGUGAAGACAUGAUGAAGAUCAUCCAGCACAACUUGCGAGCAGGGCUAUCUUUAGACCAGCACGACCAUCAAGGCAAGGACAUCGCCGAACUCAUGCUGGACUUUAUUGACUGGCUGACCAAUCAGGAGUUUGGGAGGCGCUGCAUCCUAAGUGUAAGGGACAUCCUGUCGUGGGUGGACUUCCUGAACUCCGUGUGCGAGAAGGAUGAGGAGAGGCAUGAUAGCAGCUUCAUGGGUCUGGAGGAGAUCGAGGAGCCGGAGUGGGACCAGAGGCUUGAUACGGUCACGGCCCUCAUCCACACCGCCUGCCUUGUAUACAUCGACGGCAUCGGAUCAGGGACGACCAUCUCCGCAGCCGAGAAUGUGACGUCGGCAAGAAAGGCCUGUCUUGCUUUUCUGGAGACAAGGCUACGCCGGAUCACCAAGCUCGAUGAGAAGAUGCAGGAGGCCCUGAGGGUUUAUGACAACACUCUGAACCGAGAGCCACGCUGGGGGGACGACUUCUUUGGCAUCGAGCCAUUCUACAUUAUGGCCGAUCAUGAGAGCGAAACCCGCAGUCUGUUGGACUACACUCUGGGGGCCGGCACGACGGCGGUGAAUACCAUGCGCAUCCUACGGGCUCUGAAGCUCCAGAGACCUAUCCUGCUGGAGGGUUCCCCCGGAGUGGGCAAGACUAGUCUGGUGGCCGCACUUGCCAAGGCCUCUGGCAACCAACUCGUCAGAAUCAACCUCUCGGAGCAGACAGAUGUUACCGACCUGUUUGGAACUGACCUUCCAGUUGAGGGCGGUAAAGGGGGGGAGUUUGCUUGGCGUGAUGGUCCUCUCCUGGCUGCUCUGAAGGCUGGACAUUGGAUUGUCCUAGAUGAGCUGAACUUGGCCUCCCAGUCAGUGUUGGAGGGUCUGAACGCCUGCUUUGACCACCGAGCAGAAAUCUACAUCCCGGAACUGUGCAUGCGUUUCCAGGUCCAGCAUGAGAAAACCAAGAUCUUUGGUUGCCAGAACCCUUUCACGCAGGGAGGAGGUCGCAAAGGUUUACCCAGGUCUUUCCUCAACAGGUUUACUCAGGUGUACGUGGACCAGCUCACCAGUGAAGAUAUGCAGUUCAUUGGCAACUCUAUCUUUCCGAACAUCAAUGAGCAGAUUAUCUCUAAAAUGGUCCGGUUCAGCAACAAGCUUGUGACCGAGGUUACAUUGGAGAGAAAAUGGGGUCAGAAAGGAGGACCGUGGGAGUUUAACCUGCGAGACCUCUUCCGCUGGUGUCAGCUGAUGCAAGCCGACCAAUCCACAGCAUUCUAUAAUCCGGGUCAGCACGUCGGCCUGGUUUAUGCCGACCGCAUGAGAACGGAAGCGGAUAAGGCUCAGGUGCUGUCUGCGUUCAGGAAGGUGUUCGCCGAAGAUUUCGAGCCUCACGUGGGCUCCAGGCAGUUUCACAUUACGCCACUGAAUCUGCAGGUUGGCUCGUCAGUUCUCCAGCGCAGCGGGGGAGCGCCAGUCGUCUUGGAUCCUCCUCUUUCGAUCACUCAUCAAGCCCUGCGGCCACUGGAGUCCUUGAUGAAAUGCGUAAAAAUGGGAUGGAUGGCCAUACUGGUGGGCCCCAGCGUCAGCGGGAAAAGCAGUCUGGUACACCUGCUAGCCUUGCUGACCGGACACAGGCUGAGGGUGAUGGCCAUGAAUAGUGCCAUGGACACUACCGAACUGCUGGGUGGAUUCGAGCAGGUGGACAUCAUCAGGCCCUGGCAGCAGGUCUUGGAGAGUAUGGACUACGUGGUGGCUAUGGUCACACGACGUGGGUUGAUGUCUCUGGACGGGGCGGUUCAGGACACAGAGUUUCUUCUGAGCACCUGGAGCACGUUCCGUCGCUGGCUGAGGGACGAGGGGCUUGACACGGCCGAUGGCACUUUGACGUUCGAGGCCUUGAACAAGCUGGAGGUCAUCAUUGUGCUGCUCCACAAGCUCAACACCAAGCUCAAGGUCUUCACAGACAUGUCGAAGCUUCAGAUGGACUUCACCCUCCUGAAGGAACGUUUGGCGCAAAUGGAGGACGGUUGGAGUCGCGGCGGGUUCGAGUGGCUGGACGGCACGUUGGUCCAAGCUCUGCAGGCCGGGGACUGGCUUCUCAUGGACAACGUCAACUUCUGCAGCGCGUCUGUCCUGGACCGACUAAAUGCUCUCCUGGAACCGGGCGGGUCUCUAACCAUUAAUGAGCGUGGGGUCAUAGACGGCACGACGCCAAGCAUCACUCCACACCCUAACUUCAGGCUGUUCCUCACCAUGGACCCUGCGCACGGAGAGAUCUCCCGUGCUAUGAGGAACCGCGGCGUCGAGAUCUACAUCCCGGGAGAGAACGAAGGUGCUUGUUGGGACUCGCUGGACCUGAAGACCAUCUUACACACUCUGGGAGUGACGGGAGAUUGCGUGUGCGACCUGCUGAUGGCCGUUCAUUCCGAGAUCAAGUCGACCAUCUGGGAUUCACCAGCGUCCUCAAUGUCAUCUCUGCUGCAUGCGGCCGCAUUGCUGUCUGGUCAGCUACAGAGAGGGGUGGAUCUGCCCAGCGCCCUACUGCAGGCAUGUGGUGAAGCGUAUGCCCUCUGUCAACGCACCACUGCCAACCAAAAGCUGGCUCAGGAGCUGAUCGAGAGGCAGCUUGCUGUGUUGGAUUCCGAAGAAUGGGGCAGUGGACUGUUGUGCGCAGGCGUGUGGCCGGAUCGAGUACCCUCUGCUCUGCAGUCUACAGAGGACUCGUGUUUUUCCACUGUCCAGAGGGACGGCCAGGUUCUCCUCUACUGUUUGAACAUGCUCAGCCUGCAGGGCAAGAGGAGUCGGCCGCUGAUUCUGACCGACCUGCAGAGGGCAAUGCAGAGCGGCGCGGCCCUGGAGACGCUGCAGUUCUCUCCAGAAAGCGGGGCAGGUGACCGGAUAAGGGUCGCUCAGCAGCUCCUUCCCACGGCAGUGCGGAUCCUGACCGAGAGGGCCUCCCACAGCGACUGGGUCCUGCGUACCAGCUGGCUCUCACACCUUGCCAAAAGCUACAAACAUGUACCAGAUGCAGUGCUGAUGCAGCUGGAGGCGGGAAAUCAGGCUCUCAAAGCAGCCUUUAACAGCAAGCUUGUGGGCAAGGGCAAGUACCUGACCGAACAACUUCAACCCCACAGCACAGAUGACUACAGGAUCCUGGUCGACAUGCGCUGGAACAAACAGUACCUGGACAUCUUGGCCAACACAUGUAACUUUGAGGAUGAGGAGCGCUGUAUGGAGUUCAUGGAGGCGCUCUAUGCUGUCGCAAACAGGAUCAUUAUUCUCUUGGACCGGGAGGAGAGAGCAGCUUUAUGCAGCAGCACUGGAAAUGCGUCACCCAAUCACAGUGCACUAAGACUGGCCACCGCCUUUUCCAAAGGAACAGUAGACAUUGCACAGCUGCCGCAUCCGGUCCUUGUGCAUCUGCGCUCUUUCUUUGACCUGUGGGACUCUUUCGUGCUGCAGGCCGUGCAGACGGAUCAGCCGAACGUUUCGGACCACCUCAUGUUCGAGAUCUUGCAGCUCCUCCAGUGGAGAGACCGUUUCUGGAACGUGUGUAACUCCUUGUCAGCGGACGCCCGCGGAGUCUGUGUCCUCUCCCUGCACUGGCAGUGGGUCCACAAACACCUGGUACUUCGUCUGCCCCAGCUCCUGAUGGGCGAUGGCGACUACGAAGGGCAGCAAGAGCUGCAGACGAUCUCCUCGGCGAUCCAGAACACACUUUCCAGCUCUGUGUCUGUAGCCCUGGCACUAAAGAGCAUUCAGAAGACCCUGGGAAAGCCCCUUCCUUUUAAGUUGGAGGGUGUGGCCGAAUGCUCCUCCCGUCUCCGCUCGUUCAGCAAAGUGUUCGACGUCAAGGAUUUGCGCCUGAAUGACAGAAAGCACUCGCUGUGGAAACGGGAAGUGGCCCGUCUGCGGGGGGUCGCCAUGAGAACAGACUGCAAGGAAGCCUUGCUGGAAGGCUGGGGUCUGGUCCUUCAGGCUAACCUCCUAAUCGAUGCACAGAAUACAGGAGUCCUGGAGAGGUUACAUACCUGUGUGGAUCAGCAGCAGGGACACUUGGCUGCCUGUGGCCUCCUGGAUUCUCUGUCCGAAGCAGAAAACGAGGAAGAGAUGGAAGACGGUGCGGGUCCGGACCGCGAGCUGUUGCUGCGGCUGGCUCGCCGGGCUCAGCUCUGGCCCGUCCUGGAGGAACUCGCCAUCCUCAACCAGAUGAAAGUGACCACCGAUCUGCUGCACCAGUCGAUCAAACACAGAGGCACCAAAGAUCAUGAAGAUGAAGAUCUCCGACGAUCCCUGUCCAACCACUUGCGCUUCUGCUUGCAGUCCACGCCCAUGAACGUCCGUCUGCUUCAGCCACUCUGGUUCCUCCUCAGCACGAAGCAGCCUGUAGAAGAACUAUCGUUAGUUUGGUCUGAGCUGCUUUCGGAGACGCUGGCAGCGCUCUGGUGUGGCAGUGUGACCUUAGAUCCUGAUCGCUGGCUGAAAUGGAGUCCACUGAGUCCAGAAGAGGAGUCCAAGAAGAGCGUUCGAUCACUGCUGGGGCCCUCUGAUACGGGUCCAGGCAUGCUGAGCCGAGCUGUGUGGUCCCGGUGCGUGCUGGGAGUUUUAAGCAGCAGUGAAGCAGUGAAGUGGGACCCGUCAGGCUCCUCCUUCCUGACCUCAUCACGGGUGACGCUGGGCGAGUGGCGAGAGAGGAUUGGGCAACUCCAGGACCUCAGUGCUGUGCUGUGGGACAACCUGGCCAUGUCCGAACUGGCUGAUUUUAGAUUGACAGACCGCAAGUUGCAGGGCCUGGUGUUAUGCCGGCAGCUGCACGCUCUCUCGGACCUUCUGUCUCCAGGGUUACAGGAGAGCUACGCGGAAUCCUGUGAUGUUCUCGUGGAAGGCGAGGACCCAGUCGGGGCAGCGCAAGAUAUUCAGACUGCCUUGCGAGAAGGCCUCCCUGAAAACUUGCUCCCAGAAGGCUUCCUGGAAACCCUGGUGACUUGCUUGACCCAGUUCUCCCAUAACCGGGCUUGUGACAUGGUCCAGCUGGCCCGCUCUGGGGUUUUCUGGGUGAACAUGGGUCUGCUGCAGAUCCAAGUCUGGGUCCCCCAGACAAUAUUCGACCCGGCGGUCAAGAGGGCUUACAAACUCAAAUACGCACAAGAUGAGCUCGCCUUACUUCAGGAUGAAUGGAAUGGGCGAAGUCUAUCAUCGCAGCUGCUCACAGGGGUGCCGCUUGAAGAAAACAGCACCACCGACGUCUUUCAACAUCCCAGAAUCAGGUACCUGUGGAUCCGAAUGCAACAGGUUAAAGAACAGAUCUGCGAGCUGGAGAGAAAACAGGCGUGUCGGCCCGAGGAACCCCAGUAUGGACGCCUGUACCAGGAGCUCCAGCACUACCUGUGCAGCAUUGGCCAGCCAGCGGCCGUAGGCGACCUCCUGUCGCACCUCCUCAAGGCCCUGCAGGGCUCCGGGCCCAAAUCUCGCCCAGGAAUCCAGGGCUUGUUAAAGGAGGAGGCUGUGUGGCAGGCAUCGCAGCAGCGUUUUGCGCAGCGCCUGGUUGACGAGUACCCGCUGUACCCGGAUGUCGUGGUCCCCCUACGCUCAGCUAUCCUGCAGCUGCAACAUGGCAUGCGUCUGCUUGCUUCUCAAGUGGCGUCUACUCUCACUGUGCUUCCGGGUCUCACUGACCUGGUCUCCACGCUUCUGGCUUUUCCUGCACCACCCCUGACCUCCGACCUCGAGCGUGCACAAUACCUGUGCUCUCGGACGUGCAUGGAUACCCUCCGUGGACUGCAGAAGGUGCUUCCUGACUCCGAAGUGACCCACGUGGUCCCAGAGCCUGUCGUGUUACUGCUCAGCGCUCUGUUGUGUCUGCAGAGCCACGCGCUAAGUGCAGGAGAGCUUGGCACGGAAGCACAAAAUCUGCUCAGACAUGUUUCUCAGGCGUUGGUGAACGAGUGGGAUGAGCAAGAGAGGAGAGCAAGAGAGAAAGAGCAGAAGGAGGCCAGUUUGUAUCGCAGCCGCUCUAAACUACACGGUGGAGGACUCAGCGAGGAGCAGCAGGAGGAGCGCGAUUUCAGACGCUCCUUCCCGACAUACCACAAAGAUUUUGCAGACAUCACCGCCGAACCCAGUCUGGAGCAGCCAAUCAUUGUCGAGGAUGACGAUGACGACGAACGCGAUGGAGAAACUUCCGAAAACAGCAUCUUCCGAGUCUCUGGCUGCCAGAACUCUGUCGUGCAGGUGCAUCAGAAACUGUGCCUGGCCUUCGCACGAUCACUGUGGUACCAGUCAAAUCCACCGAGCGACCGGAGCAAGGAACACCUCAACACUUUGGUCUCGUCUUUUCAGAUCACCGCACCAUUAAUAACUCGAUUUUAUCAUCUUAUGGACUGUGAAAUGGAUCCUCAGCUGACAGGCUCCCAGCUGCUACUCAGCUCCGUACUGCAGAACACCGUCCGGGGUUCUGGAGGUCCGGCUGGCCUCGUUCUCCAGAGCGAAGGUCCUUACGACUUCUAUCGGGAGCCGAACAUGUGCGAAGCCCGCCUGUGCCUUCCCGUCAUCGAGCAGUUAGCCCGUGCAGUCCGUCGCCGCCUAGAAGACUGGCCUGAUCACCCGGCGCUCCUGCAGAUCACUGUGGUGAUCGAGAGGAUCCUGGCAUUCAGUCUGUCCAGCCCGCUAGCCAAGUUCCUAAAUGGGUUGGAGAUCUUGCUCAGCAAAUCCCAGGACUGGGAAAAUAACGCUAGUCGAUCCGUGUCUCUGAGGAGCGAGUUGGAGCCUGUUACACAGCUCAUCAUCCAGUGGAGGAAACUGGAGCUCAACUGUUGGUCUAGCAGUCUGGAUAACGCUCUGAGGCGGCACUCGGAGAACUCCAACAAGCACUGGUUCUCCAUCUACCAGCUGAUCGAGAGAUACCUUCAGGAGAAAAGGACAGACGACAAACCCGAUGUGAGGGAGUCUCCCCUGGUUUCAGUUUCAUCCACGCUGCAGGGAUUCCUGGAGGGAUCCACGCUGGGCGAAUUUCACACACGCUUGGCCAUGCUGCUUGCCUUCCACUGCCACGUGUUGUUGGCGCCGAAACAAGAAGGACAAGCCUCGCUGUGUAGUUUGCUGUGGAACCUGCACAAGUACUACGCACAGUUCUUGGAGAGCAUCCAGGGCAGGAUCACGCAGCUCAGAGCGCCAAUCGAAAAAGAACUCAAGGACUUUGUAAAGAUCUCCAAGUGGAAUGACGUCAGUUUUUGGGCUAUCAAGCAGUCGGUGGAGAAAACGCACAGGACUCUGUUUAAGUUCGUGAGAAAGUUCGAGGCUGCCUUGGCCGGGCCGUGUGCCCCCUGGCUGCUGGAGAAGCCCACCAGCGCUAGCGCGAAAGCCAUGGACGUCCAUCAAGAGGACGCGCCACUGCACCAGCUUCACCGCGCGCUCCAGAGCGCCCUCCCUGGACGGAGCCGAGACCUACAGAACGACGGUCCAGAGGAGUUGAGGUCUGACGAGCCGCCAUCCCUGCAAGCUCGCUUACCUACGCUCACGAGGAAGAUGAGGAAGAUGUGCGUGCGGCUGGUGAAGUCGUCACCUCUGCCUGAGCUGUCUGAGGACCUCGACCAGUUCACAGGAGAGAUCGUUAGCAACGUUCAGGCUCUGCAGAGUUUAACGGUGAACCGCACACUGGAGCAGGAGAGGCAGAAAUCCGAAGCGAAGCACAUCCUGCUGCAGAAACAGCGCGCUUUGGCCGACCUCUUUAAGAUGCUGGCGCAGAUCGGUCUGUCGUAUCGUAAAGGCCUGACGUGGGCUCGGACCUCCGACCAGGAGGAGCCGCUCUUUUUGCAGCCUGUAGAGAUGAGAACUACUUUGGCCACACUGGGAGCACAGGAACCAACAGAAACCAUACUGUUUGCUGAGAUGAACAGCACAUGGGAUGGAUGUCAGAAAUAUUUCUAUCGCUCCUGGGCCAGACGUAACGCCAUGCAAGCUGCCAUGCAGGCGGCCGUAAAGGAACUCGGGUUAGGAAACAUAGAGCGAUGCCGGGGCUUCUCCUCUCACCUGUUUAAGCUGCUGCUUAAACAAAGGCGCCGACUCGCCAAAAUAACAACGCACUUCGUGGACCUCAGAAGGUUGAUCGACACCAUCCAGGAUGUCCGGUCUCAGGAAGACACCGAGGAGGCCGUUCUUCCGCCUCAGGAUUCUCUCAGCAGCUGGGUAGCGAAGGCCCGAGCGCUGGCGCAGCGGUGCUCCGUGGCCCUGCAGCAGCUCUCAUGGGUGCUCCAGUGCUGCCCCGAGGGGUCCAACGGAACGGCGUGCCAGUCCAGAGAGGGCGAUGGGGGCCAGGGAGAGGCCACACUGAGCCACCCAACGCCUCUGUCGCCUCACCUUCAGCCUCAGGUAUGUCUAAUGAGGCGGGGCGAGGCGAGUUGGACCGAGGCGGAGAAGAUCAUCGCGGCUUUGCAGAGCGAAAGCACGGAGCUGAAGGACAGGCUCAACGCGCUGGGAUGUGAAUCUACACAAAGAGCGAUCCAAACCAGGAGGCACUUGAAGGAGUGCUGCUCAUGCGUUCAGGGUUUGGGGGCGCUCGCAGGACGGAUGGCGGCUCUGGAGCGCCUCUUUGAGCUCGAUGGCAGCGACGCGCCUCGUUCGCAGCCGUGUCUGACCCGAGGUCUGCGCGGCGUCAGGGCGGAGGUGGACACCUGCGUCGUGGAGUUUACUGCCUGGAAUUCGCAACUGCCGCCAAUCAGGACUUCAUCCAAACGUUCAGCCGCGUCGUUCCGGGCCGAGUUCUCCGAGGAACUGGAGAGAACCAUAAAUGCGGUUCUGUGUGGAGUACAAGGGCUGGUGAAGAGAAAAGAACAGGAAAGGCAGGAAGGUCAGCCAGAAGAUAGCAAGAAAGAGAGCGACUCUGAAGCAGCCGAGGAGCUUCUGAAACCCGGGCACCUAAGCCGCCUAAUGGAGGAGGACCUGAGUGGAGACGUGACGUGUCUUGCCUUGGCUGAGGUCAUAGGGCUUUUGGAGAGGUUGCUGGAGAAGCUGCGGUCCUUCAGAGACACGUGUAAGGCACGUCAUUUAGGGGAGCUGAGCGAGGCCUGCAGGGGUCUUGUUCGUCUGGAGCCCAUGCUGUGUGUGUACUGUGAGCUGGUGCGCUGGUACGUGGCGGUGUGUAUGGGCGCUCACCGCAGCACGGCCAAACUGCUGUCUGUCCUCGCCAGCAUCUUUACUGACCUCGCUCAGAAGGGCUUUUGUUUGCCCCAGGAGCUCACAGGCGGGGGCGAUGGCGAGGGAGCCACGGAGUUCCACGACUACGAGGGCGGAGGGAUCGGAGAAGGAGAGGGUGUCAAGGACGUGAGCGACAAGAUCGAAAAUGAGGAUCAGGUCGAAGACACGCUUCGCGAAGGAGAGGAAAAGAGCGAAGAGGAGCCGGACAAGCGCGAUAUCGGAGAGGAGGACGAUGCCAUCGAGAUGUCCGAGGACUUCGACGGGAAAAUGCACGACGGCGAGACGCGAGACUCUGAUGAUGAACAGGAUUCCGAUAAAGAUGAGGACGAAGAGCUGGAUAAGAAGAUGGGAGACCUGGGAGACGGCGCGACUGACACACUUGAUGAGCGCAUGUGGGGUGAUGAUGAAGAUGACGAGGAUGAUGCGGAGAACAGUGACAAAGAGGACGAAUCCGGCCCGGGAAUGGACCAGGGUGAGUCCGAGUUGGUUGCCAAAGACGACAAUGCAGAAGCCGGCGAGUCGAAUAAAGAGCAGAAAAACGAGGACAAGGACAAACCAAUGGAGCAUGAAGGCGAGAAGGAGAAAAUCCACGAGCAGGAAGAUGAGCGUGAGUUCGAUGAGAAUGAGGUGGACCCCUACCACGGUAAGCAGGAGCAGAAAGCCGAAAUAGAAGCCAUGGACCUUCCGGAGGAACUCAAUCUGGACCAGGAUGAACAGGGAGGACAGGACGAAGAGGAAGCUGGAGAUGGAGAUGCCGACAACCCGUACGACAUCGAGGACAAACCCAUGGAGGUGGACGAGGCAGAGGGAGACGGGGAUGGAGAAGACGAGAAAGCUGAAGAGAUGACAGAAGAGCAGCAGGAUGAUCGAGGCGACGAAGCAAACGAGGAAGAGCCGGGAGAGGAGCAAAAAGGCCGAGACGAAGAUUUGGAGAGAGGAGAAAGCGAAGGAGAGCAGGACGAGGACGAGAAGGAAAAGGGGCACGAAGGACGUGGAGAUGAGGACAAGGAGAACAAGGCCGGACCUGGAGAUGAGGGCGAGAAACCAAAGGAAGAGGAGGACGAGGAGGAUGAGGACGUCCACAAGGAAGCUGCCGAGAGGAAGGAGCACUCGACAGAUGGCCAGACUGGCGAGGAGAACGUUCAGAGCGAGACAGCAGUGGAGCUAGCAGGAGCCGCGUCCGAAAGAGACCAAGCCAAAGAGGAACACGGGAGCGGAGCGGCUGAUGCCAGUCAGGCUGAGGGACACGACUCCACGCUGAUGGCCAGGAUGAGCUCUCAGAGGCAGAGACAGAAACAGACACAGGGUUUCAAGCGGAAACCGGGCCGGGCGGAUACCGAGCGCUCUCUAGGGGACGCCAGCGAGCGCGUGCACAAGCGUUUGCGGACGAUAGACAGCGCAGAUCGGAGCGAGCAGGACCGCUCCCGCGACGACACCCAGCAAGAAUCCGAUCUGUACGAACACGUCAGACACGGGGAGGAGACGUGCGACACGCAGACCUACGACACAGCCAACGCCGAGCAACAGAGACCGGCACCUACGAAGCAAGAAGACGACGAUGAAAACGAUGCUGACGUUGCUAUGGAUGCCGAGGAGGACAAGGAGAUGCAGGCGGUGGAAGCUCCAGAGCUCAAGCCGGAAAAGCUGGAGAGCACCAAAGCCUCUCAUAAAGGUAUGGAAAGCGCCGAACAGGACUCCCAGCAGCAUGAAAAGGACAAUGAGGAGAAACCAGAGGCGAAGAGUCGCAAGGAAGAUCCGAGAACGGAGAGGAGUCGAGAGUCCACCAUCCACACCGUGCCAGAGUUACUAACAGAAAUGCUGAAGCUCCAGGUUAAAGAUCCAGACCUGCUCAGGAAAGAUUUAGAGCUGCAGUUGGAAGCGUGGCACAAGCAGACCCCAGGAUCUCCCGAAGAGGAGAUUGCCGCAGCGGCCAUGUGGCAGCAGUACCAUGCGCUCACCUCACCUCUGUCGCAGCAGCUGUGCGAACAACUUCGUCUCAUCCUGGAGCCCACGCAAGCCGCUAAGCUCAAAGGUGAUUAUCGCACGGGAAAACGUCUGAACAUGCGCAAAGUCAUUCCCUACAUCGCCAGCCAAUUCCGCAAAGACAAGAUCUGGCUGAGGAGGACAAAGCCCAGCAAGAGAGAUUAUCAGAUCUGCUUGGCUGUGGACGACUCGUCCAGCAUGGUGGACAACCACUCCAAACAGUUGGCGUUCGAGUCGGUCUCGGUGAUCGUGAACGCUCUCACCCUGCUGGAGGUGGGGCAGGUGGCAGUCUGCAGCUUCGGCGAGAGCGUCCAGCUGCUCCACCCGUUCCAGCAGCAGUUCAACGACCAAUCAGGAGCCCGGAUCCUGCGGCUGUGCCAGUUCCAGCAAAAGAAGACGAGAAUAGCUCAAUUUCUGGAGACUUCAGCCGACAUGUUUGUGGCGGCCAAACAGCAGAAUCCAGGCUCUGGGAAUACAGAAAUGGCACAGUUGCUGCUGGUGGUCUCAGACGGCAGGGGUUUGUUCCUGGAGGGGAAGGAGAGAGUAGCAGCAGCGGUUCAGGCGGCUCGCAGCAACAACAUCUUCGUCAUAUUCGUGGUGCUGGACAACCCCAACUCCAGGGACUCCAUAUUGGAUAUCAAAGUACCCAUAUUUAAAGGUCCGGGCGAGCUUCCGGAGAUCCGCUCCUACAUGGACGAGUUCCCGUUUCCGUUUUACAUGAUUCUGCGGGACGUCAACGCCCUGCCUGAGACGCUGAGCGACGCUUUGAGGCAGUGGUUCGAGCUCGUCACCGCCACCGACCGGUAACGGAGCACCACCGUGAAGUCCUCCCAGUGCUGCUAGCCUCCCUGACAUGGGGACGUCCCCAGAAGGACACCACAAGUAUAUAUAUUUAAAAAAAAAAAAAAAUCCGACUGGCUGCUGCACAGAGUCUUCUUUUUUUUUUUUCCUCCGAAUAAAUUGUUGAUCGAUCGCGUCCCUUCAUCUUUAUCAACAGGAGGCCCGGAGAUUUACACCUGUACGUUUAACCUUCACAUUUCUCACUAUCGUUUUGAGCAUUUGAGAUACAAUGAGAAAUGUUGUUCGGCUCCUCGUACGAUUGGUAGUUGCCUUUUUUUUUUUUUUUUUUUCUCCUCUCCGUAAUUUGUGUGCAGAAAUCCCGGCCAAGAAACGUGCCUUUUCCAGGAAUGCCCAUGCUCUGGUCUCUGGACAGAAGAUGCCGGAAACUCGUUUCUCACACACACACACACACACACACACACACACACACACACACACACACACACACACACAAACAAUUCUGAUACUGUUUAAGGCCUUUAUUCAAUACGGUGCAGCGCAGCCCAUUGCCGUAUCUCUCACGUGACGCAUGACAUCGCUGUCAUUUAAUACGUUUUAUAACUUUUUUUUCUGUUUUCUGUGCAGAUUCUUCCAUCAAGCUGGUUAAAAAAAAAAAAAUUUAUAACCAUUUCUUCAGCUAGACGAAUCCAACUGUAACUCGUUAAUGUUUUGGGACUUUAGCGUUCCACUUAGAGUCCGUUAUACAUUUAGGAUUGUAAUUUUGUGUUUUUUUUUUAAUGAUCUGAUGUGAUUCAUUAAAGAAAUGCAUUGUAA